AUGUGGGACAGGGACAGGGACAGGGACAGGAGCCAGGGUAGAAAAGUCUGGAAGGUAGAAGCAAAGGCAGCAGCGGUGGGAGACUACAACUCCCAUCAUGCUCCGGCCAAUGAAACCUGCAAGUGUAACGGCUGGAAAAACCCCAAGCCCCCCACUGCACCCCGCAUGGACCUGCAGCAGCCUGCUGCCAACCUGAGUGAGCUGUGCCGCAGCUGUGAGCACCCCUUGGCUGACCACGUGUCCCACCUGGAGAAUGUGUCAGAGGAUGAGAUUAACCGGCUGCUGGGGAUGGUGGUGGAUGUGGAAAAUCUGUUCAUGUCUGUUCACAAGGAGGAGGACACGGACACUAAGCAGGUCUAUUUCUACCUCUUCAAGCUCCUUCGGAAAUGCAUCCUGCAGAUGACCCGGCCCGUGGUGGAGGGCUCUUUGGGCAGCCCCCCAUUUGAGAAGCCUAAUAUUGAGCAGGGUGUACUAAACUUUGUGCAGUACAAGUUCAGUCAUCUGGCUCCCCGAGAGCGGCAGACAAUGUUCGAGCUCUCAAAGAUGUUCUUGCUCUGCCUUAACUACUGGAAGCUUGAGACGCCUGCCCAAUUUCGGCAGAGGUCUCAGGCUGAGGACGUGGCUACCUACAAGGUCAACUACACCAGAUGGCUCUGUUACUGCCAUGUGCCCCAGAGCUGCGAUAGCCUCCCCCGCUAUGAGACCACUCAUGUCUUUGGGCGAAGCCUUCUUCGCUCCAUCUUCACCGUCACUCGACGGCAGCUGCUAGAGAAGUUUCGGGUGGAGAAGGACAAGCUGGUGCCCGAGAAGAGGACCCUCAUCCUCACCCACUUCCCCAAAUUCCUGUCCAUGCUGGAGGAGGAGAUCUACGGGGCAAACUCUCCGAUCUGGGAAUCAGGCUUCACUAUGCCGCCCUCAGAGGGGACCCAACUGGUGCCCCGGCCAGCUACAGUCAGCGCAGCAGUUGUUCCCAGUGCCCCCAUCUUCAGCCCCACCAUGGGUGGGGGCAGCAACAGCUCUUUGAGUCUGGAUUCCGGAGGUGCUGAGCCCAUGCCAGGCGAAAAGAGGAAGCUCCCCGAGAACCUGACCCUGGAGGAUGCCAAGCGGCUCCGUGUAAUGGGUGACAUCCCCAUGGAGCUAGUCAACGAGGUUAUGCUCACCAUCACUGACCCUGCUGCCAUGCUGGGGCCUGAGACAAGCCUACUGUCAGCCAACGCAGCCCGGGACGAGACAGCCCGCCUGGAGGAGCGCCGCGGCAUCAUCGAAUUCCAUGUCAUCGGCAACUCACUAACACCCAAGGCUAACCGGCGGGUGUUGCUCUGGCUUGUGGGGCUGCAGAAUGUCUUCUCCCAUCAGCUGCCACGCAUGCCCAAGGAGUAUAUCGCCCGCCUCGUCUUUGACCCGAAGCACAAGACUCUGGCCUUGAUCAAGGAUGGGCGGGUGAUUGGUGGGAUCUGCUUCCGAAUGUUUCCCACCCAGGGCUUCACAGAGAUUGUCUUCUGUGCUGUCACCUCAAAUGAGCAGGUCAAGGGCUAUGGGACUCACCUGAUGAACCACCUGAAGGAGUAUCACAUCAAACACAACAUCCUCUACUUCCUCACCUACGCUGACGAGUAUGCCAUUGGCUACUUCAAAAAGCAGGGCUUCUCCAAGGAUAUCAAGGUGCCCAAGAGCCGCUACCUGGGCUACAUCAAGGACUACGAGGGGGCAACACUGAUGGAGUGUGAGCUGAAUCCCCGUAUCCCCUACACGGAGCUCUCCCACAUCAUCAAGAAGCAGAAGGAGAUCAUCAAGAAGCUGAUUGAGCGCAAACAGGCCCAGAUCCGGAAGGUCUACCCUGGGCUCAGCUGCUUCAAGGAGGGUGUGAGGCAGAUCCCUGUGGAGAGUGUCCCUGGCAUUAGAGAGACGGGCUGGAAACCACUGGGGAAGGAAAAGGGGAAGGAGUUGAAGGACCCUGACCAGCUCUACACAACCCUCAAAAACCUGCUGGCCCAGAUCAAGUCGCACCCCAGUGCCUGGCCCUUCAUGGAGCCUGUAAAGAAGUCUGAGGCCCCUGACUACUACGAGGUCAUCCGCUUCCCUAUUGACCUGAAGACCAUGACGGAGCGGCUGCGCAGCCGUUACUACGUGACCCGGAAGCUCUUUGUGGCUGACCUGCAGCGGGUCAUCGCCAACUGCCGCGAGUACAACCCCCCAGACAGCGAGUACUGCCGCUGCGCCAGUGCCCUGGAGAAGUUCUUCUACUUUAAGCUCAAGGAGGGAGGGCUCAUUGACAAGUAGUCCCCAGCCUUGGACCACGCCUCAACCUUGAAUGUCUCCACCUCAGGUUCUGAUCUGAUCUGAUCCCUAGGGAGACCCCUGGUGCCCAGGUCCCUCUCAGCUUGACACUCCAGCCCCUGAUCCUGCAGCCCUUUCUGGGCCCUUGGGCACCCCCAAGCCUGUAGCCCUGUCCCACCUUUCAUUGUGUCUGACCUUGGGAAGGGCCUCCUGGGUCUGGGGCUCAGCCCCUCUACAGUGACUGGUGGCCAGAGGAUAAACCCUCCCCGGGUCUGGUGGCUCUCAGCCCUGGUCCCCACAGAGCUGUGGUGUCUUAGAGUCCUGGGACUGGCCCAAAUCACUGUUUCCUCAAGGACAGGACUAACAAUUUUAGGUUGAGUGAGAGAGCUCUAGGGUUUGGAAGUUCAGUCUGGAUUGGAGGGGCCAUGCUUUGCCCUGCACUGUUCUGUCUGUCCCCCAGGGGUGGGGGACAUGGGGACCAUUUGUUUCCUGGCAUUAAUCCCUUGGAGGGAUCAAUAAAGCUCUUUUUUUUUUUC